UAGCAAUUGGGCGGGUUUUGUUGUGAAAACCUGGCAACCCUGCAAGCUUUCCCACUCGAUGCGACACCAGCAGCCGCGGUACGGUAGAUGUUUACGACAGUAAGAGGGCUGCAUCUCGGCGGAGUAGUAUCUGAUGGAGGUGAAAGAGGAAAGUGAAGAACUGAAUGUAGUUGAGGAGUCUGAGAAACCUCAGAGUCUUUCAGCUGGAGGAGAUUCACUUAAUCGCUCACACACUGAAGAGAAUGCCUCAGGAAACAGAACUCAAGGAACAGAAGUCAAUACGUCUUUCAGAUGCCAUCACUGUGAAAAGAGUUUUGAAGCAAAGAUCCAACUUAGUAAUCAUAUAAGAUCUCACUCUGUAAAAACACCUUUCACUUGCCCGCAGUGUGGUAAGAGUUUCAAACAUAGAAACAAACUUGAGGUACACUUAAGAGUUCAUACUGGAGAGAAACCAUACACCUGUCCUCAAUGCGGAAAGAGUUUCAUACUUAUAAACAGACUUAAUAGACACUUAAAACUUCAUGAUAACCUGUACUCAUGCCGUCACUGUAAAAAGAGUUUUGAAGAAAAGAACCACCUUAAUAGUCAUAUCAGAAUUCACCAUGGAGAAACACUUUUCACUUGCCCACAGUGUGGAAAAAGUUUCUCAUAUAGAAGCAUAUUUGAGGUACACUUAAGAGUUCACACUGGAGAGAAACCGUACACCUGUCCUCAAUGUGGAAAAAGUUUCACACAAAAAGGAAUCCUUUACAAGCACAUGAGAGUUCACACUGGAGAAAAACCGUAUACAUGCACUCAGUGUGGAAAGAGUUUCACGGGUGCAUCAACUCUCAGUCAUCAUCUGCGCAUUCAUACUGGAGAAAGACCAUUUAACUGUGAUCAGUGUGGCAAAACGUUUAUUUCAUCAUCACAUCUAAAACAACACCUGAAAGUUCAUUCAGGUGAGAGGCCUUAUGUGUGUUCUUUCUGUGGAAAGAGCUUUUCAAGGCUGGACAGUUUUAAACUGCACCAGAAAACACAUGAUGAGGUGAGAGAUCAUGUGUGUUUGGAGUGUGGGAAGAGUUUUACUACAUCUUUCAAGAUGAAAUUGCACCAAAGAAUUCAUACCGGAGAGAUGCCGUACUGUACUCAGUGUGGGAGGAGAUUCACUCUACCAAGCAGUCUAGCGACUCAUAUUAAAAAGUAUUGUCCAAAGUUGAAAUGAUGAAAUUCACAGUGACUUUCCUGCUCCUCCACCAAAGGAUUUAGUGUGAAAGUGGCAUCAGCGGCAAGGUAGAUUGACAAAGAUGUUAAUGACAAAAAAUGUAGACUAUAUAAACUAUCAAAAAAGUUGGCAACACAUCAAGCUACUAAAAGAACCACAUUAAUUACUAAACCACAUUUGAACAAUUCAAGUUACGCUAAAUACACCAUAGUUUACAUAAAUGCUUUUAAAUAAUAUAAAAAUCAUCAGUAUAAAAUUGUAGUAUUAUUGUUAUAGUUCUGUAUCGUUCUGUUCUGUUUUCCCUGUUCUGGUUUGCCUAUGUUCCCUGUCAUUGUUAACUGACCUAAGCCCGGUUUUGCAGAUUAGGCCUUAGUUCAAUUAGAAUAUUUAUAUAGCUUUUAUAAAGGUUCACUAGAAGAAAAAAAACAUUACUGGUGUGUAUCUUGAAACAAAACAAUGGCACUGACAUAUUUUAAGAUCUGUCAGUACAAGUUACUUUCCGGCUAAAACGGCUCAAACGUGUAUUUUAGUCUAGGACUAGCUUAAGCCCUGUCUGUGAAACCGGCCCCUAGUUUCCUAGGCUGUGUUCCCUUGAUUUUGACUGAGGGAGCGAGUCUACUUCACAUGCACACUUCAGGCAGCUCCAUAACCCACAAUGCAACACGAUUGUGACGUUAUUGCAUAUCGCGUUUAAUUUACCCCACCACAAACAACUCUA